CUGCCUCCAUUUUGUGUCGGUCGGCCCCUUUUCCGGGUUUCCGACAGAACCGAUAAAACGAUGUCAGCGGCGGCGAGUAUGGCUCUGCCCGCGGGUCAGGAGUGCGGGUAAAGUUUUCCGUAGCUACAUGGAAACUGUUAAACGUGACCCUUGAACGCUUCGUCUUUCUCAAAGAAGUCUUAAACUAAACAGGCAGCAGGACUGCGCUGACACUGACAGCUGGGAAGUAAACAGAUCGAUGCUAACAAGCUAACUGCCGCUAGCUCUGCAGUUUAAACCACCACUAGUCUAGCUCGAUGCUAACAAGCUAACUGCUAGCUUUGCAGUGUGAACAGCCAUUAACCGAUAGCCGAAGCUAACAAGCUUGCUGCUAGCUCCGUAGUGUAAACCACUAGCCGAGCUGAAGCUAACGUUAGCCGGCUAACCUGUACGUGUUUUUUUAGCCGUUACAUCUCCAGGAAUUGCCAGCAUUUUUUUUUGGUCAAACUACACCGACGAAGGAUUUGGUACUUUCCAUUUAUGUGGUUUUUGGAGGACGGUAUUAUCUUCUACUUCGAGCCCCAGGGAGUUUCCGUGUGUGGUCCCACCGGAGUGUAAAGUCACCGCUCCUUCCCCCCGCCCACAGAGAGGUGCCAACAGAGGGCCAGGAUGCCUCCUCCUCCUCCCCCCCCACCCCCAGGUCCCCCGCCUCCCCCAACCUUCCAUCAGGCGAACAUAAAUCCUCCCAAACUGGGCUCGAAUGAGACCAAAGGCAGAGGAGCGCUGCUGUCGGACAUCCAUAAAGGCGCCAGACUAAAGAAGGUCUCAGGGGUCAACGACCGGAGCAGCCCCAUUAUAGAGAGUGGAGGAGGCGGAGGAGGAGGAGGCGGAGGAGGAGGAGGAGGCGGAGGAGGAGGUGGCGGAGGACCAAUGGGACUGGGAGGCCUUUUCCAAGGAGGUGUCCCAAAACUACGCCCAGUCGGAGAUGGUUCUUCCGGAGGUUCUGUGGGCAGAUCUGCCCUGCGGCCCCCUGGGUCCCGGCCCGCGGCCCCUCGCCCCCCUUCAGGUCGUUCCUCCUCCCCCUCCCCUCGCCUCCCCACAGUUCGCUCCUCCUCCCCCUCCCCUCGCCCCCCCACAGUUCGCUCCUCCUCCCCCUCCCCUCGCCCCCCCACAGGUCGCUCCUCCUCUCCCUCCAUGGCCAACAAGCCCUCCUCUCCUGAGAACCAGCGCUCCCACCGCCCCUCGCUCCCAGACAUCUCUCGCCCCUCCUCAGCCGGCGGGAUGAAGCACAGCACCUCCGCCCCCCCUCCCCCUCCCCCCUUCAACAGAGGGGGAGCCCGCAACAACGCUCCACCUACACCCAAUCAGAAAUCACACGCUCCACCUUCCUCCUCCAACAACAAUCACAGCCGAGAGAAGCCCCUCCCACCGACGCCCAGCAGAGGCCACACCUCUCCCAACGCUGUGAAGCCGCCUCCGUCUUCAAGCCGACCCCCGACAGGCGGUUCUUCUGCUCCUCCUCCUCCCCCUCCUUACAGACCGAACACAUCGAGCGGCGUCUCCAACGGGCCGUCACACGUGGAUGGAGGCGGAGCUCCGGAGCUGCCGCAGAGGCACAACUCCCUGCACAAAAAACACACCUCAGGAGAAAGAGAGAGAGGGGGAGAAAGAGGAGGAGGACGCAGCCAAGCUCCUCCUCCUCCUCCCUCACCCUCUCCUUCCUCCCAGCUGGGCAGCAGACCUCCACCGCCCGUCAGAGAGCCGCCGGGACGCAGAUCAGCUCCUCAGGUGCCUCCUAAUGGGUCUCGUAACGGAUCUCGUGACGCCCCUCCUCCUCCUCCGCCCCCGUAUCGAGGCCACAGCGCUGCGGCCUCAGAGCUUCACAGCCGGGGGGGCAAACCUCCUCCUCCACCUUCCUCUUCCUCCUCCUCAUCUUCCUUAUCCUCAAGAACCCCAGCUGGACCCCCUCCCCCUCCCCCGCCCAUCAGGAACGGCCACUCCUCCAUCCCCUCCUCCAAGUCCAUCAUAGAUGAUUUUGAAUCCAAGUUUAACUUCCACCCCAUUGAAGACCUUCCACCUCCAGAGGAGUACAGGAAUUUCAGCAAGGUCUACCCCAGCAAAAACAACAAGGGCAUGAUGCGAGGAGCUCCUCCUGCUCCGCCGGUCGGGAGGUGAACUCAGGACUUUAACUCGCAGUCAGCCGUGGUGAAGAAGAAGCACUCACAACACACACUAACACUAAAUCCACCAGCUGAAAGCACAACACUACGACUCCUCGCCGGUCUCCUUUCUUCUGUCUUUGCACGAGGAACAGAAAACCACUCGGAGCUCAGAGGCUUCAUAUCAUAUCAGGACCGAAACUCCUCACACUUCCACGUCUGUGCAUUCCUCCUUUUUUCUUUAAUGGUGAUUUUCAUAAUUCUGUUUGAUUUUAAUAUGUUGGUGUUAGUUUUUGAAGGGGGGGGGGGGACUUAAACACUAAAAUGAGAGACUUGUGAAUGAAUGUUUGCAGCAGAGGAAAUCCCCACGAAAGCUGAUAAUGCCAUGAAUGUGUGGGACUUAUGACGGUUAUUUUUUUAUUGGUUUUUGUUGUGUCUUUAAAUAGCCAUUCCAGCAGUGCCAGGUGAGGGUGCGCUUGAAUUCUGUGUCAGUGUGCCAAAAGCGGGUGGAGUCAAGCGAUCUGCACAGGACCGUUUCCAUACAUGUUCGAUUUAUAACUGAUUUUUCUUUAUUUGAUUUCCUUGUUUUUCGACUAAAUGCUUUAAGGGCUGAACAAUGCUUUGAAAAUCUGAUCAAAAUGCCAAAAACUCCCGACUGCAGGUUCUAUAUUGCAGGACGCACAAUAAAAGGGUUAAAUGUGAGUCAAGAAUACAACUUUAAAUGUUGUAUUAUCGAGCUCCUAAAAUCAAAACAUAAUCAUGCUUAUAUUUUCAUUUUUUUUUAGAAUAAUUAUGUAAAAAUUAUCAUUCCUUCUAAAAUCGCAACUGCUGCACAAGUCAACGAUGAUCACACACUUUUCAAAUCGUUCAGCCCUACUGGAAAGCUUGCCGGAAACAUCCACAGGUCGUUAGGAGAGGGGCACAUCCCUGUUUCGUCUUACUUUGGUACCCCUUAUUACUUUCCUUUCUUUUUGGGGGUGUCUAUAUUUCCAUCUUCAGCCGAUGUUGCACGAGCCGAGACACUGUGCAUGACGCUUAUUUAUGCACGUAUGAUAACAGGAAAACCCCAGGAUUCACGUGGAUGUGACAAAAAUCCAGAGACACUACGAGGGUUCGUCCCUGAUUUGUCCCUGAUGUGUUUGAGAAUCACUCAGCGGAGGCCAACGCUAAAUUAUCUUCUCGUUUACUCGACCAAGUAUGUAUGAUCGGAGGUGUUUAUAAGGGAUCAUUUAUCUACUUCCUGUCCAGGGGAAGUCCGUUAAAAAGCUCUGGUCUGAAUCCAUCAUUUUACCUUUUGCUGCUGGUGGCCCUUUUGUAAGUGUGUUUGGCCAGAGAAAGAUAUUUAGAUGAAUUGCUAUGCAAGGAGCAGUUUGUACAGAUGGUAGUUGGUAACCAAAAAGAAAGACCGAAGCAACACUUAAGUGCCAGAGAGCUGUGGAAGCAGACAGGUUAUUCACUUACUCUUUAAUCUUGACUUUAAAACACUAACUACAUGAUUCUCAAUGCUGCAGCGCCCCCUGCUGGUCAUGCCUUACACCGGUCCGUUGUCACUCAUGGGUACCUGUGCUUUUUGUUUGUUUUUUAGGGGGGGUAAAGAUGAUGACAACAAGGUAAAUAAGAAACAAGUUUAUUUGAAAACGCAAUAAAUAUUGUAUAUUGACAUUAAGGAAUAUGGUAAUCAUAGUUAUUGAUCUAUUUUUAUGUUGUAAAAAGCUUGUAAUAUAGGAAAGAGAAAUGAUUAUAACAAGUCGGUGAGCUUUGGUGUGAUAGUAGCACUUCUCUGGAUGUUCGGCCAUGAGGGUGAAUGAGCUGAAUGGAUGUGUGCGACGAUGUUUGCCAACGAGCCAACAUUCUGGGGAUCCGUUUGGUAUGAAUCCACCUGACGGGUAGUGUAGAGACGAAGACUAAACGAUGUCACUACACUUCCUGUCCCGGAUGUAUGCUCACGUUAACGUCUCCUCACACUGUCCACGCUGAAGAGCAAAAACCCCUGUGGUCAUUUCAUGUUAAUCAACCAUGUUUUUAUCAUUUGAAAUCAUUUCAAAUAAAUAUGGGGAAAAAGGGUAACUGAUGCAAGGUGUUUUUGUGUUCUCUUCCUGCUAUGAUGUGUGUUUUAAUGGGUCUGUCAUUUGAAAUGAUUGGGGGGAAAACAUGUAAUCCUUAAAUAAAGUCAAAGUGGCAUUAGCACGACACAAAGAUAA